CUCCGCCCUUCGGCUUGUACCCCAUGGCGUGAAGUGGCAUCGACGCUGCUGUCGUCCAACUGUUACUUUUCCCUUAUUGGUAUUUUCUUCUAUUUUUGAUCAUAUAUCGUUUUGGAAUCUGGGGGGAGCAUAGUUCAUUUAAAGAAGCUCCCAUUCAACCCGUCCUUGGCUAUCUGCCCUAGCGGCAGUGAAUCUCAGCACCGACUUCAUCUCCAGUGCAACCGCUAUCGCGUUAACCUUUUUCGAUGAGGGAAUGUGGCUUCCUCUAAUUUCGCUCGUUCGCCCGGUUUUCCUCUACUUGAUUUCAAUGGAGAUCUCUCUGCGCUGAGCCGCAUCACACCGAAAAUACAACUACUGUUACAUGCGAUGGCUUCCAUGGGGAAGUCUAGUACGGAAGAUUCCCGUCGCGGAAUGGGGUCGCCCAAACCUAAGUCACGAGUGUACCCAGAGAAUGCCAAGGACACCCUAUGUCGGAACGUUACCAUCUACGGCCGAUGUCGCUAUGAAGAUAAAGGCUGCGCUUUCAAUCACGAUCCACAAAAACUGAACCCCGCGAACAACUUCGACAGUAAUGGCAACAGAAAACGAUUCAAUGUCGAUUCUCCCAGCUUCACUCCUUCUCUACUGUCUACAAAUGGAUCAACGACACCCACGAAGAAAGUAUCGGCAACUAUAUCACCAAAAGCUGCGAACGCUGCCCCGUUCCAGCCUAGGACUGUCUCAUCGCGUUCUAAUUCAAGCACCCCAAGCUCUCGUCAAGACACCCAAACCCCUGAUUGGACUGUAGCAGAAGCUCAGGAGUUUGUCCCACAAGGCUUUGAAGCCCCUCCUAUGACUCCCCUUCAAGGAACUGGUACCAAUGGUCUCGCUACUACGGCUGCAUUUGAUCCUUUUGUAACGGCCCCGGCUCCCCUUCCGGGUGCAGGUGUGGGUACUGUUCCUGGAAACCCAUAUUCACCAGACACUGCUGCUGCUGCUGCUACAGCUGCUGCAUUGAAUGGCGCGGCUUUCUUUGCAAACCAAAGUGGAUUUCAGCAACCAGUACAAUAUCAUCUUUAUGCUCCUAUCGGACCACAUAACCAAAAUACCUUGGGCUAUCAGCGCAACGUUCAUGACAUUUUUCUCCCUAAUGACUUCCGAGAAGAGCUACAGAAGAAAGCAGCCGCAACGUUGCAGAUGCUUCCCAACACCCAAUUGCCCGCUCAAGUCGAUUAUUUCCAUUCCCUUGUUCCAUUGGACCUGAACCACCAAAAGAAUGCAACCACUUUUGGUUUCCCGAGUUGGGUAUACAAAGCGCAGUCCAGCAAGGAUGGGAAUUUCUAUGCUCUUCGGAGAUUAGAAGGCUUCCGUUUGACGAAUGAAAAGGCCAUCCGAUCUGUUCAGGCAUGGAAGCGAGUGUGCAAUGGCAGCGUAGUGACAAUUCACGAUGCUUUCACAAGCCGGAGCUUUCAAGAUAGCUCGCUCAUUUUUGUCACAGACUACCACCCUCUCUCAAAGACACUUGCAGAACAACACCUUGGGGCUGGGAACAGAUUUCAAACUCGGCAUCCUGCACACAUUCCUGAGCAGGUGCUUUGGAGUUACAUGACCCAACUCGCAAACGCGUUGAAGGCUAUCCACAGUAAUGGGCUUGCUGCGAGAAUCAUCGAACCCAGUAAGAUUCUUUUGACAGCCAAAAAUCGCGUUCGCUUGAAUGCGUGCGCUAUCAUGGACGUGGUCCAGUAUGAAGCUCAGCGAUCGGUUACGGACCUUCAACGCCAAGAUCUGGUCAACUUGGGGCAGUUGAUCAUCACCCUAGGAGCAAACUCGCCAAGUGUCAUGGGUAAUCCUACUAGGGCUAUGGAACAUUUCACGCGUGCCUACACGCCACAGCUGAAGAAUUCGGUAUUUUGGUUAUUGAACGGCAUGCAAAAGGAUCAAGAGCGGAGCAUUGACGUUUUCAUCACCGGAAUCUCAUCGCAGCUAAUGUCGACAUUCGAUUCGUCCCUCCAUUUGGAUGAUCAGCUCACAUCAGAUCUUAGCCGUGAGCUUGAGAACGGUCGCCUUGUACGGUUGAUGACGAAAUUGAAUCUCAUCAACGAGCGACCCGAAUAUGACCACGAUCGGCAAUGGUCCGAGAAUGGGGAGCGAUAUUUCUUGAAACUCUUCCGAGAUUUUGUUUUCCAUCAGGUGGAUGCCCAAGGAGAUCCAGUUGUCGACCUCGGCCAUGUGCUCGCAUGCUUGAACAAGUUGGAUGCGGGAUCGGACGAAAGAAUUACCCUGGUGAGUCGGGAUGAGCAAAGCUGCUUUGUCGUCAGCUAUAAGGAGCUCAAAAAGGCUUUUGAAUCGUCUUUCCAGGCAUUGAUGAAGCCGGGAAGGAGGCUCCCUUGAAUUGGUUGGUGAUAUAACACUCGGGACUCUUGGAUACAUGGCUUAAUUAUGAUGACUUGCCUCUUUUUCCUUUUGUUCUUGCUUCAUUUCAGCGAGAGGAAUACUAUAUAUGCUAGGAGCGGCCAAGACAGACAAUAUUGUCUGGCCCACUGUCGUGGUUAUUUUGGAGCAGCAUCUUGGUCUGAGAAAGUGAGGUGUCUGGAGAUUCAAGACUUUGGCCGGUGUGGUCCUGGUCUCGUUUAUUUGAAGUUAGGAUUUAUCUAUGGCACCACAGGCCAACGAUGUACGAGAUAUGCUUCGGAGAAUUCUGCUUACAGAAAG